UGUGAGGCAAUACCGAAUUGGCGCUGAAAAACUUCGGGAGUUUUCUGAACACAGUCUAUUAAAUCAACAGAAUGAAAUGUCUUGAUAUACACGCGACGUCCUAAGUAACAAUUAUAUUGUUUCGAAAUUAUUAUUGCGGAUUUUAAAAUGUAUAAUAUAGUUUUUCGAUGCAUUGUCAGUGCUACAGUCAAAUUAUAUUCUAACACUGUUGUUCAACCAUUACAAUAUAAAUAUGUAUUUGAGGAAUUCAAGUUUUCUGUACCAAAAUAUUCAAUAUUACCACGAGGUUUUUGUACAAACAAAUCAUAUUUAAUUCAGCAAGAAUAUGAUAAGAAGUUUGAGGAAGAAUUAAAUGAAUACCUGAAGGAUCCUCAGAAUGCAGCAAACUUUGAAAAAUGUCAAUUAGAAGUGGAAUAUCUUCGAAGUUCAGUAGAUAGAGUACCCAAAUCUUUAAAAGCACAAAAUUGGUUACAUUUACUUAAAUCAAAUUUCAGAGGGCAAAGAAGGGCAUAUCUAGCAUAUCUUUGGCAAAUAGAAAAAAAAGAGGAAAAUAGAAUUUUAAAAAAAGAACAGAGAAAGAAAUUAAUUAUAGAAAAAAGAAAUGCAGAAACUAGUGAAAAUAAAUAUAAAUUGAGUUAUAAUACGAUGUUUCAUCGUAUACGUGAGCAAGCAAUAAUGCAGUUCUAUAAUGGUAGAUUAAUAAAUGCUAUGUUAUGGGCUCCGACGAUAGUGUUUGAUCUUGGAUAUGAUGAGUAUAUGACACAAAAUGAAAAACAGCAAUGUGCAAAACAAUUAUUGUAUGCAUUUUCACAAAAUCGAUUGCAUGAUGAUCCUUGCAACCUUUACUUUUGUAAUACUGAUCUAAAUAGUAUAACUAUGAAACAAUUACAUAAAACAAUACCAACAUUAUAUGAUGCAGAUUUUCCAUUAAAUAUUACUACAAAAUCUUAUUUAGACAUAUUUGAUAAAUCCAAAUUAGUAUAUCUUACUCCACAUACCAGAAAAGUUUUGACACAUUAUGAUGCUGAUGCUAUUUAUAUAAUUGGGGCUAUGAUAGAUAAGACAAAUCAUGAACCAUUGUCAAUGCAAAAAGCUAGAAGAGAAGGUAUUAAAAUGGUUAAAUUCCCCUUAAGUGAGAAAUUACCAUGGGGGACAGGAUCUAUAAAAAAUCUCCCACUGAAUCAAGUACUUUCUAUACUGUUAGAUUUAAGGGUAACAAAUAAUUGGGAAAUAGCACUACAGCACAUACCUAGAAGAAAGCUUAAGGAAAAUAGACUAAAAUCCUUAGAGAGGCAAGUAAGGAAGAGAGAAGAGUUAAUAUCCUCUCUUUUGCAGAAUGUAUAAUGUUUUAUCAGCGAGAAUAUUUAUAACUUCAAAUAAAAUCUUAAGUAUACAUUAAAAA